GGUGCAUGCUGGGUGCAGCCCACAGCGCGCUAACUGACUCUAGUUAUGCAAAUGCGGCGCAGCGUUUCGCUCGCUUCGUACAACACCACCCUUCACUAAACCGGCGCGAUUUCUCUGCUUUCUACCGCAAUCAAUCAUACUGCAAUCACGGGAAAACACCGACUGAAAUGUCUUCGAUAAACGCGAAAAAGAAGCGGUUACGUCUUCAUGAGGUGGUGCAAAAGAUCUGCACAAUUGUCCCUGAACAGGAGCAUAGUCCAUCUAUGGACGAGAAGGAAAUGCAGGAUGUUGAGAAGACAGUGGAAAAAGAUUUGGAGAAGGAUGAUGAAAAAGAAGAAAUGGAGAUAGAUGAAGUUCCUGUAAUUCAGGCGGGAAGGCGAUCAGGCAUGCACAGGUUUCACCUGGGUAAGACCCUAGUUCCCCCACAAUCCCCGACCGUGAGUGAAGCAAGUACGGCCGAUACAGCGGAUGAAUCUGGUAGCACUGAGAAAGAUGCUGUGGUUGAGGAGGAGGCAAUUAAAGAACCUUCCGGGCCCCAGAAGCCUUUGCGUUGCGGGGUGUGUGACUUGCGCGUAUUUAAAUCGUACCGUUACAUCAGUCGCACGAACGCGCCCAAUCACCUAAAAAACUUCUUCAAACCCGACGUGGAUCGCUUCAGAGUGUGCAAACGCUGCUUCAGCUCCAAGGAGAAAUGCCGCAAGAACCUGGCUCUAGUUCUGUUGAAAUCCCAGACGGAGCAAAUGUCACACGUGAAGACCCCCCUCGGGAUUACCCACAGUCGGUCCACGCGCGCCUUGCAGUACCUGUCACGUGACAUGAGUAACGUGUGGAAGAGGCCCUACGAGGAUUUGCUCGCUUGCAACGAGACGCUCGAAGACGACGACGACAUCAGCGACGCCGACGACACAUUCAUAGUCACAUGCGAGGCCAAGCAGCCGAAAAUCUACCCCACGUCCAAUGGACUGGAUAAAAGCAUUACCGAUGACGGCAACUUUGGGCUGGUAACCAUCGUCAGGCCGGGGAAUAAAACUUUUCAGGUGUACCCGAAUCAUCACACGGUCUACGGCGAGUUCGACGAUUUCAAGGCCGGGGAGACUGGUAAUGACAGUGCGGAACCACAGGGAUCCCAGUUAGAGAAUACAGAGGAAGUCAAAGUUAGCUUCGACCCAAUAAAGAACGGGGAACUGAAAAACGAGAUAAAUUCAAUCAACGAGAAAUUGACAUUAUUAGACCACGCCUACGCUCUCCCGGCCAAGUCUGCAAAACCACCCAAGGCGCCGAAGGCACCGAAACCUGUAGACACCGAGACCCUGAAACCUAAGGCGAAGUCUGCGGACCUGAGCAAGCCUGGUAACCAACCCGCCAAGACAGUGGCAUCUCCCAAGCCACCAGUCAAGACUGAAGGAGGUACCGAAAACAAGGAUGGUACAGGCCCCGUUCGAACGUGUGGAAUCGUCUGUACAGUCUGCGAUAAUUUGGUCACAAAAUCGUACAGCUGCUACAAGAAAGACAACGCUCCUGAAAAAAUCAAGCAUCUCUUUGAUGGAGAUGUCAAGGUCAUUAAGGUUUGCCGGAGAUGUCUACCUUACAAGAAGCCAAAAGUCGAAGGCGCCGUGCCCACUAAGGUUGUGAAAAGCAAAGGAAAAGUUUUACAAAGUAAACUCCUCAAGCAGAAAAUCAAGAAGGCAAGGAAGCUUAAAAGUUUAGUCAAAGGUGAUCAGGAGGAAAUUUCUACGCAAACCAAAAGCAUUUCGCCAAAAACCGAAGCGAAAUCCUCAUUUAAGGGAGAUACUAAGGCAAACAUCUUAGACAGCGUUUGUGUUAAGAAGGAUCUGGUCGUUGUACAUAAUUUGAAAGUAACGGAAGGCAUGCAGAUCCCAGACGCCACAUCACUUUGUGGGGGCACGUUUGAAAUAGUUGAUGGCAAACUGAAAGCAAAAACUUCCAGUCCAGCAAAGACCCCAGUAAUAUCAGCGGCGACAUCGGGAAGUACAAUAGGGAAAAACAUAAGCUCCCCAGUUAAAAAACCUCCAGGAUUUAUAUCAAUGGUGUACAAGCCGAUUAAGAUUGUGAACUCUACUACUUCUUCGAUAGCUGAAAAAAUUGCUAAACAAGAAGAGAAGAAGGAAAUAAAGAGCGUUUUGGACGCACUGAAAUGCGACGAGACUUUAGAUAGUGAUGACAACACGAGUAGUGAGGAAGGUGGAAAGAGCAAACAGCAGACCUCAGCGGAGACGAAUAGUGUCCUGGUUUCAGGAGAAGAUAAAGCCAACGUUCAAGUUACGAAGAAAGCGAUACUGGUAACCACGCCUUCAGUGAUCAAAGAUGACCACACCAAACCUGAAGGGACGGAUAAAACAAUGGUUACGGAGACGGCUACGGCUAAGGCAGAUGCACAUGUGCAAGCUUACGCACCUGCGAAAUCAGACUCUGCUGUCAAACCCGAUAAAUCUCCUCAACAACAACCACAGGGCGCACAGCAAAAGACGGAAAAUAAUGUCAACUCACCGAACACAAAGGCAACAAAACCAAUAGCGAGCGAGGAUAGCAGCGUGGUCGCUAUGCCGGCUGCGCGCCCUGUCACGCCUAAACCUGUCACGCCUAAACCUGUCACGCCUAAACCCGUCACGCCUAAACCCGUCACGACUAGGCCCGUAGAGGCGGUGAGGCACAGCCCAAGGCGAGACCGUGGGGUCGUCCCUCCCGAAAAGAAAAGAGAAACAAGCAAUUCUGAGAAGAAGAAGGAAGUUGCGACAGCGCCUACCGAAAAGAAGAAACUGCCUACAGCCCCUAACGAAAAGAAAAAAGACGCUAAUGUGAUCAUUACUGAUAAGAAAGACAAUGCAAAUGUGGCCGUUUCUGAUAAAAAGGAGGCGAACUUCAACGUUUCUGAUAAAAAGAAAGAAGCAGAUACAAAUGCCUCUGAUAAGAACAAAGACGUGGAUGUAAUUACGACAAGUGGAGAUGUGGCCACUUCAGCCAAUGCCACUCUUAACAAGACCAAAGAGACCAACCCUUCAUCCGUCGAAACGAAUGUUCCUAAUGAUACCAUCACAGAGAAAGAGGAGCAAAAAACUAUCAACGAGAAGAAUUCAAACGAGAAAGCAAUCUCGCUGGACACGAAGGAAGAAUCGGAUUCUCAAGAAAAGGUGGGUGAAGCUGCUCAACCUGAAAGUAACAAAAUUGAAGCCACAGCUUCUUCAGACAAGAAGAAAGAUCUAGCUGCGGAGAAGGUAUCCAAGAAUGUUGUGACUAGAAAGCGGCCUGCGUCUAGUGAAUCAGAGUCCUCCGGGGUGGUCAAGGCUGGCGAGGAUUCAGACGGCAGACCAGCCAGGAAAAGACCGGUGCGCAAAGGAAGACCGCCAAAGAGACUUGCAGAGGAAGAGGAUGACGAGAAGAAGAAAGAGGGAAGCGUUGACUCAUCUGACGACAUUGAAGGAGUGGACAAAGUACCGUUGCAUUCUUACUCCACCCGGUUCACCCAAGCGCCUGUCUGCUGUACUUGUUGCAAGGAAAAGGUCGUCAAAUCGUACCGUUGCGUCCAGCAAGCAAGCUCGCCAGCACAUCUCAAGCCAUUCUUCGCCAGGGAGAACACCACCGUCCUCAGAACUUGUCGCAAGUGCCUCAGUUUUCCGUCCAGAGUCAAAGCAUAUUUGUAGUAAUGUAUGUCCUCUUAUUUCCACUCGACUUAAAGUGCGACGUGUGCUACAGUAUAACAGUUGAUUACUUGAUUACUCCUACAAAAGUAGGAGUAUUCCGUCCUGGUGCUCUGAUGUUUACUGGGGCAUUUUUUUUUUUGUCUCUCUGGUUGGCUAGUUCAUAAGUAGGAGUAUUCCGUCGUGGUGCUCUGAUGUUUACUGGGUCAUUUUUUUUGUCUCGCUGGUUGGCUAGUUCAUAAGUAGGAGUAUUCCGUCGUGAUGCUCUAAUGUUCACCGGGGCAUUUCUUUGCCUCGCUGGUUGGCUAGUUCAUAAGUAGGAGUAUUCCGUCGUGGUGCUCUAAUGUUCACUGGGGCAUUUCUUUGCCUCGCUGGUUGGGUAGUUCAUGCCAUUCAGAUGGUACGUUACUCAAAUCCUUAUUGGCUUUUGUAGACUUGUUAAGGUGACUACGGUAGCGCGCAUCGCAUCGACUAUCAGACGAAGGAAAUGCUUGCGAAGUUCCUCCUUUCUGCUACUUGGUAUUUGCAACAGCGAAACAUUUGAACUCAUGCUAUGUGCCUUAAUUAUGGACGUGGUUUUACAGAACAUAGGCAAACCUCUUUGCUAUCGCUAUUGUUUGAGAAGCAAGCAAAUAUGACAGGUAACUCAAAGUUUUAUGUGUAGCGGUGUGAUGGAAGAGGUGUAUGUAAGGAAUGAUUGUGUUUGUUGUGUGUGUGGGGGGGGGGGGGGGGGGGGAGGGGAGAUGUCUCCCGUUGACCCCUCGAAGAAUGGUGGAUUGGUGACUUGCCCUGCGAUGGCAAUUUUAAUGAUUUCUACAUUAGAAAUAUUUUAAAUUGCAUAUAUCCCUGCAAGCAGGUUUCAUCUUGGUAACCGGGGGAAUGUAAUUUCUACUGAUGUGACAUGACGAACAUCCGUACCCUAUCAGAGUAUGUUGCGUCAUUCGGUGAACAUAAUGAUUUCAGGGUUAAUCUCUCUCUUAUUGUUACACCAGCUACAGAUGGACCAUUAGAUAUUUUACGGGACUAUUAUGGAUUCGCAUUGCAACGCGCGCUACCGUGGCCACCAGUAGAAAGUUUUAAGAAACUAAGUCAAUUUUCAUGCGUUUUUAUUGACGCCAGCUAGAAGAAUUCCGUCGUGUUCUUGAAUACAUACAACCAUUUUUUGCCUCGCUGGGUGGUUGGUGCCAAUCAGAUAGUACUUUUCUCGUAUCCUCAUUAAUUUUAAUCUUGCGUCGCACUGUAAGCUCAGCCCGAGUAUUUAUUUCUUGCAAAAUGACCUUCUUUGCAGGAUUGCUUAGAAGUAUUUUGGUAUUCCCCUACCUUCAAAUAUCUAAUGGUCCGCUAUGAUCUUUUUUGGUGUAAAACCGGCUGAUGCCUUCCUAAGUAAUUUUAUUGUGUUCAUUUGAAGGUUAUUUCAGUAGAAAUAAUGCAUGAAAAUUAGCAAACAGAUGCAGCGUAUUUUCUCUACGCAUGUCUUGAAUUUGAUUGCUAUUGGUAAAGCAUACUUGCAUCACAGUUAAUCAAGUAUUUUGGUUAGUUAUAGCGCUGCAUUUGUUCCCAUGUGUGCUUAUCUUUAAAUCACAAAUGCGUGUCAUCGGUUCAGAAAAGAUAAAGUCUUGUAUUUGUGCAACCCGUACAGGGACGAGAGGAAAAUUACACUGGUAAUAGUCUUUUUACAAAUUUCCAAAUUUGGUAAACUCUUGUUUGACAAGGAUUAUAGGGACGCUAAAAUAAUAAUAUUUCCCAAUCGCGAUGGCACAACCAAAGUUGUAAAACAAAUCGUUUUGCUGUAAAUAAUUAUAGAAAUUUGGUAUAAAUAAGUUAUAUAUCCCUGUUACAUAUAUGUACGGGGUGCAUUAUCACGAGAUACAAGCUGUACAUAUGUUGAGGUGUGCUAUGUUUUUUGUAAUUCUUUGUUUAAAUUAUACUCAUAUUUAUGAACGCAAUAUCACUGUAAAUAGCGAGUUGGCGUUGCUUUGUAAUAAACACGAAAGUUGUA